ACCACAAUGCACCACGGGUCUAAGCUAGACUUCAGUUUUGAGCAACAAAAAGCGGUAGGCGUUUCUACGGAGGAGGAGAAGAGUAUUAUACAGCGGGAGAGGGAGGCAGGAGACCUACCUAGACCGCGACAAUCAGGCGCGGGGAAGCGAGCAGGUACCAAAAACCGCUGACACGUUAUUUCACUGGUACAUCUCUUAAUACUGAAUUCUGAUGGCAGUCGAGGACCGACGGAAACCGGUGCUGGAGGCAAUGUCGGAAGUCAGCUUACCACCUACUACUCACUGCAACAGCAACAACAACAAUAACAAUAAUAAUAAUAAUAAUAAUAACAACAAUAACAGCCAAGACGAGGGAAGCGAGAACCCGGCUACAACAUCCCCGACCAGCAGCGAUCCGAGCACCGCCGAGAUCCAGACUAAGGUGCAGAGUGUCGGGAUCGCCACCGCGGCUGGCAACAAUGGCAAAUGGGUCCGCCUGAACGUUGGCGGUACAGUGUUUCUCACGACGCGGCAAACCCUGCUGAAGGAGCAGACCUCCUUUCUGUACCGUCUCUGCCAGCAGCAGGACCUGCACUCGGAUACGGAUGAGACCGGCGCUUAUGUGAUAGACCGAGACCCGACCUACUUCGGCCCCAUUCUCAACUACCUGCGACAUGGCAAGCUGGUCUACAACAAGGAGCUGGCUGAGGAAGGCGUCCUGGAGGAGGCGGAGUUCUAUAACAUCACGCCGCUGAUCAAGCUGAUCAAGGAGAGGAUCUUGGAGCGAGACUGCAAGGCGGCGCAGCAGGUGCCCCCCAAGCACGUGUAUCGGGUGCUGCAGUGUCAGGAGGAGGAGCUCACCCAGAUGGUCUCAACCAUGUCGGACGGCUGGAAAUUUGAGCAGAUGGUGAACAUCGGCUCGUCGUACAGCUACGGCACGGAGGACCAGGCUGAGUUCCUGUGCGUGGUGUCCAAAGAGCUGCACACGCCCGGGGGCGGUCUGGGUACCGAGCAGAGCCACAAGACCAAGCCUUUGGAAGUGCAGGAGGAGGAGAAGGAGGAUGGAGCGAGGGAUGAGGCAGAGGGAGCGCAAAAUGCUGCCCCCCGGCGAGUGGAUUAGAGACUAACGGUCUUUGGCGUGGUUUGAGACGAAUGGGUGAGGAACGCUUCUGGGGUGUUCGCUGUGGGCAGACGCAGGAAUGGUGUCAGGGCAAGCUGCCAGGAUUCCCAGGUCGCUCCGUUCUGCUUCCUAGCAUAAAUGAUGAGACGCAGACACCCAUGCGCUGGGCACAGACUCCAUAGAUUAAGGAGGAAAUAGAAAUAAUAUUAUACCCAGAGCAGGAAGGUAGCAUUCCCAGCAGUGAUAGGGAACUGGUAUGAAUAACAGUUAUUGUUCUGCUGAUUGCUAAGGCGCUAUUCUUAGAUGGCGGCUGAAGCGGAAUGUCGAGCCAUCUCGCUGGCGAGAGCUCUGAUUGGUCCGUGGCAUUACAUCUGCGCGAGAGGAUGUGAUUCGUCACAGCGCUUCCUGAAAUGAGCGUUUCCAGUUAAUGCCAGUCUAGUGCAGAAAUACUGAUUGCAGUCUUAAAAAGCUCUGUGUUUUUGCAAAUGUGUUUGGCAUUUUCGAUAUUAAGUCACAUUUAGUGAAUCGGGUAGACAAGCAAGCGUAGUGGAGUUUGCUACUCAUGCGGAAAUCAGGGAGAUGAGAUUAGCCAAUGGGGCGGCAUGGUGGUGCAGUGGUUAGCACUGUUGCCUCACACCUCUGGAACCUGGGUUCGAGUCUCCGCCUGGGUCACAUGUGUGCGGAGUUUGCAUGUUCUCCCCAUGUCGGCGUGGGGUUUCCACCGGGUACUCCGGUUUCCCCCCACAGUCCAAAAACAUGCUGAGGCUAAUUGGAGUUGCUAAAUUGCCCGUAAGUGUGCAUGUGUGAGUGACUGGUGUGUGUGUGUGCCCUGCGAUGGGCUGGCCCCCCAUCCUGGGUUAUUCCCUGCCUCGUGCCCAUUGCUUCCGGGAUAGGCUCCGGACCCCCCGCGACCCAGUAGGAUAAGCGGUUUGGAAAAUGGAUGGAUGGACGGAUGGAGAUUAGCCAAUAAAGGCCGGAUCUUUGACAUUACCGCAGUACGUGAACACACCCGGUGUUGUGAAUUAGCAGGCUUCUCUAAUUCUUUUUCCAUUUAUCCAUCAGCUUGAACUCACCAUGUCUUUGCAGUCAUUGCACCCUUAAAUAUUCAUACAGGUGGCAAAUUAGAAUAUUUUGUGUUUAGUUAUAGCUCAGAGUUUUCAGGUAGUAAUUAGAUAAAUGGAAUUAAUUUAAACAGUGGCGUUCUGUUGGAACCCCUUAACCCCUAAACCCCGUAACCCACACACUCUUUCUACUUGCUUUUCAGCUUUUCCAAAUCCACGGAUCCCGAAUAUAGAGUGAGGAGACAUUUUGUCUGUGUCUGUCCUUUGAUAAAUAUUUCAUUACAGCGUGUUUUGUUAUGGGGUUGUUGUUGUUGUUGAUUUGUGUCCUUCUCACCUUUUCUUUAAAAAAUAGCCGAUAUUUUUUUCAGAAUCCAAAACCCCACACUGUCCCCAUCACAAUGUGAAAGGUGUGUGUGUGUGUAUGUUUGCGUGCACGUGCUUUUUUCAAAAAUGGGUGUAGCAGUCUGAACUGUGUUUACCCCAGUCGUGUCACCUUUAAUGUGCAAAUUGUGCUGAACGUAAAAUAUAUAUGUACAGUACUGCAGUGGUCUUUAAUUCCAGUAAGAGACAAGUAUUAAGGAUGCACAUCUGGCUCUUCCAUAUAGUGAGUUAUUACAGCGUGUGACACCGAGAGCACUGAGUGGCUGAGAAUGUAGAAUGUCCAAUGUAGAACUUUCAGACUUGUUUAUAGAAUGACUGUUUAUUGAAUUUUGGAGCCCAGAUUCCUGGAUGGAAAGAGAAUCUUCCAGAGGUAGAAUUAUACGAAUAAAUGUUCUUUCCAGUCGACGAUCCAAAGAGCUUAGAGGUCCAGGGUGUCCAAGCUAUCGAGGUGUCGUUCACUUCUGUUGAAGCUCUGUCUGCUGCUGCAGUCAUCCCAAGUUUCAUACUGUGGAAGCUAUAAUCUGUACAGAUGCAGCAGGCCAGCAAAGAGCAGGUUGUUCCUAAAGCUGUUUUCGCCCCUGUCCUGACAAGAAGAAGCUAAACUGCAUCGUUCCAGGCUGGAUUAGUUUGUUAUUCCUGAUAUAGGGAGUCAUGAUGAAGCUCUGAGUUGCUGGCUGCAGGCUUUAAAAUGAUUGGUUCUUGCGAUUUGUCAGUCUGAUGACCACUGCAGUAGCGCAGCGAUCAAACCACUGGAACAAGAAAUAAGGGAAAGUGAAGAAAUUAAAAUCCUUUAUAAGACAUACGUGAGAGAGGUGGUUCUCCCACUGGUACAAUCACUUUGUCCUUAAGUCAAGUCCACUGACACGUAAACUAAGACAAUCUCCUUCUAGACAUCUGGGUGGAAAGACGCUCGUUGUACAUGCGUCUUCUGCAUUUGAGUCAUGGCCAUCGGGCUGUGCAAAUGGUGGUUUUGAGUUCUGUAGCCACGAUGCAUCAAAGCAAGGCACUAAAACAAUCAGCCGAGUUUGUUGUUAACUAGCAAUAUGGAUUAUUAGGUGCCUUGAAAAGAAGCAAAAAAAAAAUGAACAAGUUUCUGAACUGUUGAUGCAAGAGGCAAGAUUAUGUACAGUUUAGGUACAGAUUAUGCAGCAGAGGCAAGAGAUGUGUUUAUGAUUUGACACGCAGAGGGUUUGCAUGUCUCUGUGUACGUGUUGUAUUACUGAAUACACAUGGAAGUGAUCUGAGCCCUAUUGUCCAGCCUGAAAGAAGACAAACUGUUUUUUUUUUUUUUGUUGAUGAUCAAUAGCAGUUUGACGCGUUACUUUUUUGUUGCUGAUCAGCUGCAGUUUGACAUGUGUUCCUCACACCCGGGUCAAGGAGCACUCAGAGUUGAUGUUUGUUUAUAGUUCCUGGUCCGGAAUCUGUCUUCUUCGCUUUGUUUUGAAUGAUGGUCUCAUGGAACCUGUCGCCCCUAUGAGCUCCAGCGUAAUGUGAUUUCGAACGUCGCAGACAGCCCCGAGGCUGGACUUGGGAAAUGACUCCACGGACGUUGGGUCCGGGGGCUUGCGGGUGGUGUCCUCAGGGGUGGAUCGUCAACCCUGCAGUGCUGGUCAGCUACCACUGUGCCCGAGAAUGUGGAUGUAAAGGUGUUGUCAUGGUAACUGGCAGGGUCAGGUGAUUUCACGGGAUGGAGUCUGCAUGUUGUGUACACGCUGUGCUGGGAGUGAGCGCACUUGAAUCGCGUGACCGGCACAGAGUAAAACACAGCUGAGAUCAGACAAGUAUGAUUGUUGUUAUUGCUACAGUUUAUUACUCUGUAAUAACUGUUUAUUUGACCUGCAUUGUGUCACAGGAGCUUGGGGUAUUUAUUUUGCUCUUUCGUUUGCAACUGUUUCAACCCUCUUGAGUAUGUACUGAAAAUGGAGGGAGGAAUACAGGGAAAAAAUCUGUCCAAAAAUAUUUUGUAAGAUUCUGUUGUUUGUUAUGGACGUUUUACUGAAAUGUGGUCUAUAUAGUCUGUCUAGGUGCAUCUGUUUUGUUCUUUUUUUGCCCAGUGUAUAGUUUUAAAUAAAAAUGUAAAUUUA